CAGCGAGCACUUGUCUUGGAGCAGGUGGUGAGACGAGUCAGUGGUUGGGUUGGGUGGUUGGCGUCGCGGUUUGCGACCGGAGGCCGGCUCGGGUGGCGACUUGCGCGGGUCGCUUCCAAGUGGGGUCCGGCUGUCAGCUGGGUCGUGCUCGUCGGCAUCGCGGGCAGGGACCAGACACGUCUGACAGAAAUACGUUUUGAGAGAAAAAACACGUAAUCACGGCACAAACCCCAUCCAAAGCUCGCACCUGAGUUGAGGCGCGCAAAGCGCCGCCGCCGCCGCCGCUCGCGAGAGAGAAAUGUCGCUCUGCUGCGGCAGCACCGCCGCCGGCCGCGGCUUCCUCCUCCCUAGCAUACUCCUCAGCCGACGCCACCUUCCUCGACACCUCCUCCUCAACCUCCGCACCACCGCGACCGUCGCCCCCACCGCCGCCGCCGCCACCCCCCUCAUCUCCUCCCUCUCGGCACCGCAGCAGCGCCAGGUCGCCGUCUACGUGGAGGCUCUCCUCGACUGGAACCAGAGGAUGAACCUCACCGCCGUCACUGACGAGGCCGAGGUCAUGACGCGCCACGUGGCGGACUCCCUCGCCGUGCUGCCCCCGCUGGAGCGUGCGUACCGCUCCACCACCGGCGGCAGCGACAUCGACGGCGUCAGCUUUAUCGACGUCGGCUCUGGGGCAGGGCUGCCGGGCCUGAUCCUUGCGAUUGCAAGGCCAAGCUGGAGAUUUACACUGCUGGAGUCGAUGAAGAAGCGGUGCACGUUUUUGGAGCAUGCCGUUGAGGCCAUGGGGUUGUCAAAUGUGGAUGUGGUGUGUGACCGGGCGGAGAAUGUUGGCCAAAGUCUUGAUUACAGAGAAGCGUAUGAUAUAGCGGCUGCAAGAGCCGUUGCAGAACUGAAAGUUCUAGCGGAAUACUGCCUUCCAUUGGUUCGUGUUGGUGGUUUGUUCAUAGCUGCAAAAGGUCAUGAUCCCCACGAAGAAAUAAAAGAUGCUAAAAGUGCUGUACAGAAAUUGGGUGCUUCCAUGCUCGAAUUGUGUAAUGUUGAAUCAAUGGGACCUCAUGGUCAUCGGACGGCUGUUAUAUACUUUAAAGAACGAGCUACUCCAAAAAAAUACCCGCGCCUUCCAGGUACUCCUUCCAAGAUGCCCUUGUGAGAAGCGUGUUAUUGUUGGUGUAGACCUUUUGCAACUGCUAAAAUCUGAAAAUCACAACUGAUCUAUAUCAGAGGUCAUCAACUGGAAGAUGUCUUUGUUAGAAGCACAGAGUAAUCGUGCUACCUUACAAUCAUAUCCUCACUCUGCUGUUUUGGGCAACUAAUUAGCUUGUCCUACACUCCUACUCGUCAUAUAUUUAAAACGGAUGGGAGUAGUUUCUAACAGGAUUCAGUAACUCUGCUCAAUCGAAUGAGACUGAAAAGUUUAUUGGUGUUCAUGCAACUGUCAGAACUGGACAUUUUCACGAAGUGCAAUAGGUUGAUGUACCAAUUGUAUGAAUCCUCAGUUCCUUUCAUGACUUGUAUCUUGUGGACGGUUUGGAAUUGGAUAGUUCUUGAAUAAGAAACUAGCAAAUGAGACCUUUAGGAUA